AUGGCCCAGCUAGCACUAGCCAACCAGCAUGUCUGCGACGACAACCCGGCGGCCGCACUCAUAGCUUUUGAAAGGAGCAUCCAGGAGGCGCCGACGGCGGCGGCCUACGCCGGCCGCGCGGCGCUCCACAUUCGAGAGAGGCGCUUCACGGACGCGCUCCAGGACGCGGCCGCCGCGCUCAAGCUCGACCCUACUCAUGAGCCCUCGUUAUACAGAAAGGGCGUCGCUUGUUUCGAAUUGGACGAGUUCGAGAGCGCCCUCGACGCGUUCCAGGCGGGCCUGAAGGCCUGCGACCCGAAUUUGAUCGACGCGCGGAAGUACGCGAUGUGGCUGCGGAAAUGCGAGGCGGAGCUCGAGGCGAGCGACGACGACGACGACGACGAGGAGGAGAACGUCCCGACACAAGCCCAGCCCAUCGCGACCGCACCGCUACCAACCAAUUCGGGUUUAAAAGUAGUGCCUUGUACGAUCAAGUAUCAAUACUACCAGACGUCGUCCCACGUCACGAUCACGCUCUUGGCGCAACAAAUAAAAGAGGAGGAUUGUACGAUUGAUAUUCGCGAGAAGACGCUCGUCGUGAAGGUACGAAAGAAUGAUACGGAGAUGACUGUGAUUAGUGGCGAGUUAUAUGAUCCAGUAGUCGUGGAGGACUGCAAGGUAAAACACUACAACAGCAAGGUCGACAUCAAGCUCAAGAAGAAGGAGCAGUUCAACUGGAACGAGCUGCUCAAGGGCGAUUUGAUAGGGGAGAAGAAGAUCAUCCCGCCGACGCGGCGGCCGGUCCAAUCAACAACCUCAACGGCGACGCCCUACGCGUCGCAGCGCGACUGGAACCGUUUGGAAAAAGAAAUGGAGGCCGAGCUCGAGAAGGACAAGCCCGAGGGCGAGGAGGCCCUCAAUAAACUCUUCGCCGAGAUUUACGGCAAGGCGACGCCGGAGACGCGGCGGGCCAUGAACAAGUCCUUCCAGACGUCCGGCGGCACGGUCCUCUCCACAAACUGGGGCGACGUCGAGAAGACGGACUACGAGGACCCGUCGGUCCGCCAGGCGCCGGCCGGGAUGGAGUGGAAGGACUGGGAGGGCCGGAAGCUGCCGCAGAAGGACUCGGGGACCUAG